AUGGAAAUUGAGAAAAGUACCAAGGUGAUGCAGAACAGUCUGGAUAUUGAAAUCGGAAUAUUGAUGGCCCGUAUUGACCAGGUGGAACGAAAUAUUAAGAAGACUGCUACGGCAGACUUCAAACCAGAAACCGGCAUAAUGAUUUUUGGCUUGCCUUUUGAGGAAGGUCACUUUGGAUCGGGCGUGGCUUCAUACUUUAUCUUUCUCCGCUGGUUGUUUGGGAUCAACAUCGUCCUCACCGUCAUGACUGGAGCCUUCAUCGUUCUGCCUGAGCUGCUGGCUGGAGCUCCAUUUGGAACAACAAGGAGUAAAACUAUCCCCAAGGAGCAUCUGGCUUCAGCCCAAGACCUGGACACCAUCUGGUCACUUGGGGGCUACCUGCAAUACUCUGUGUUAUUCUAUGGUUACUAUGGCAGGGUGAGGAAAAUUGGCAGUGCAGGUUACCGGUUGCCUCUCGCCUACUUCCUGGUUGGGAUGGCUGUCUUUGCCUACAGUUUCAUCAUUCUGUUAAGAAAAAUGGCUAAGAACUCUCGUCUGAGCCUGGCCAGUGCCUCUGAUGAGAACUUCACGUUCUGCUGGAGAGUUUUCUGUGCUUGGGAUUACCUGAUAGGAAACCCAGAGGCUGCAGAGAGCAAAGGAGCUGCCAUCAUCAACAACAUCAGGGAAGCCAUUGUUGAGGAGCAGGAAAAGAAGAAGGAUACCAGUCUGGCAGUUCUGAUUAGUCUACGAAUCUUAGCUAACAUUCUGGUGCUACUAUCUCUGGCUGGCAGCAUCUACAUCAUCUACUUUGUGGUGGACCGCUCUCAGAAACUAGAGCAGGAGAAGCCAGAGCUGACACUGUGGGAAAAGAAUGAGGUGAGUGUGGUGGUUUCUCUCAUUACCAUGAUUGCUCCUUCUGCCUUUGAGCUGGUGGCUCAGCUCGAGAUGUACCACCCACGAACCUCGCUGAGAUUCCAGCUGGCCAGAGUGCUUGUUUUAUACCUGGGGAAUCUCUACAGCCUCAUCAUUGCCCUCCUUGAUAAGGUCAACAGUAUGAGCUCUGCUGUCCCAUUGAAUCCAGGUAACUGGUCUGACCCCAGGUCCUUCCUGGCCACCAUCUCUCAGCCUGAGGUAGACAGCCCAUCCACUCUGGUUUCUGAGAUCUCUGUCUUUGAGCCACGCAACAGCACCAUAGCGACCAUUGCCAUGGUUCUCGAUGUUACAAACACCAGCACGAGCAGGUCAGGGAUCAUCUCCAACCAGACAGCUCUGUUUGAGAAGAACACCCGCUCUCAGCAGGACCAAUGCUGGGAGACCUAUGUUGGACAGGAGAUGUUGAAGCUGUCCAUCAUUGACAUGAUCUUCACAGUGGCCAGCAUCCUGCUCAUUGACUUCAUCAGAGGUUUGGUCGUUCGCUACCUAAGUGACUGCUGUUGCUGGGAUUUAGAGAGCAAGUUUCCUGAAUAUGGAGAAUUCAAAAUAGCAGAGAAUGUUUUGCAUCUGAUAUAUAACCAAGGAAUGAUCUGGAUGGGAGCAUUUUUCUCUCCCUGUCUUCCUGCCUUCAAUGUGUUGAAGCUGAUUGGUCUGAUGUAUCUGAGGAGCUGGGCUGUCCUCACCUGUAAUGUUCCCCAUCAGCAGGUGUUCCGAGCCUCCAGAUCAAACAAUUUCUACCUGGCAAUGCUGCUUUUCAUGCUGUUUCUGUGUAUGCUGCCCACCAUCUUUGCCAUAGUCAGAUACAGACCAUCACAGCACUGUGGACCAUUCAGUGGUCAAGAGAAAAUAUAUGACAUUAUUUCCGAGACCGUGGCCAGUGACUUCCCCCUGUGGUUCAGUAAAGUGAUGAGUUAUGUCACUAGCCCUGUUGUAGUGCUGCCAGCAUUGCUGCUUCUGUUCAUGCUGAUAUACUAUCUCCAGGCCAUUGCCAGAUCCCUCAAAUUCACCAACAAUCAGCUGAGGAUGCAGCUCCAGACUGAGCGGACCGAGGACAAGAAGAAAGUCUUCCACAUGGCUGCAGCGAGACUUCAGGCUCCAGAGGCUGCAGCAGACAAAAAACCAGAUCAGCAAGAGAGUGACAUCACAAGCCAGGAUGCCUCGGCUCGCACUCCAUCUCCCCAGCGGAACAGCAGCGUCACAAACUUCAAUUCUCCUGUUCCUCGUGGAAACAGCAUCCGCACCAUCACCCAAUCAGCGUCUAGAGCGGACCUGAACAGAGGAAGUGCGGCUGGAUCUGUCAGAAGUCCAGCAGUGACCAUACUGCCCAAACACAGGCUGGAACACAUACCUAACAGGAAGACCAUACGUUCCAUACAUCCAGUGGAGGCUGCUGGGAUCAUCACUGCACAGAGUUAUGGAGGACGGCGCGGUCACACCACACGUUAUGUGAUUGUCAAUGAGCAUGAGCCCAGGAAGAAGCUGCGUCGCUCAGCCACACGGAUCCCACGCCAUUAUCUCAUGGAGGAGCCUGCAGAGAUCCUGGAGCUGUACCCACGCAACAUUAAACGCUACACACCCCGCAACGCUCAACACCAACCAAAUCCUCACCGGUCCCACCAAUCAACGCAGCAUCUGAGUGAAGAUGAAGAGGAGGAGGAAGAUGGAAAAGGUCAAGGAAGGAUGUUUUUGGGAAAGGCUCAUCGGCCCCGUUCCCUCUCUGACCUCCACCAACCAGCACACUUCUAUAUCGGUGAGCAUGUAGAGAGCCACAUUUCCAUGACUAAAGGCGGCCACACUGCUCGAAGAAGAUAUGGAGCGCAAGAAGAGGAUGAUGGUGAAGGAGAAACAGAUUGGGGAGGUUUAGAGUCACACUCCCAGCCCUUAGCCAAUGUCAGAGGUGCAGACUCUCUUCUUGUGCGAACCAGGCGUCACAUCCCUUCCCCAGGAAGACACUGUCAGUCCCCAGUCAGAAUCAGGCACAUGGAGUCUUAUGUGAAACCCAAGGCUAGGCAGAAGCUUGAGACACCCCUGACCGAGUCAGACUCAGCCUCCCUGGCCUCCAGCAGUGACCAGCAGAACAGCAGCACUGACCAGUACAUUCAGGUCAUCCACAACAAGGAGCACUAUCUCAAGUCUGAUGCCAGACAAGGAAAGCUGGCCAAAAAGAAGUCUAAAGCCAACAUUGAUCUAAAUGCCACUGAGUCAAAUGACCUUGUCUGCUCUAAUGUUUGACUCAUUUGUUAAAUGAGUAGGUGGUAGCUGGAGA